CUAAACUUUAAACACACUUGCGUUCAAAUACUACAAUGGUAUUGGUGGUCAAGGGUAUAUAUUCAAAUUCCGAGGACAUAGUUCUGACUUGUUUCGCGCAAGCCAGGUUCACGUUCGCGAAUUAACACGAAUAAUACCGACGGUUUACGAUGCCGCGAAGCGCGCGGAACAUACGGUUAUUUUUAAGCGCACCGCAUUCGUGCGUCCUCGCGGUUGUGUUCAGGUUCUGUUUGAUUUCUCCUAUAUAGAUAAUAUGUAUAAUCAGACAAAUCACGGUUGAAAACGCGAUCAUUCGGAAAUAAUUAAAAAAAUUCCCAUUAAUGCAAUAUAAUAUAUAACUUAUAAUACGCAAGAACAAUGUCAAUAAUUUCAAUUUUUAAUUCAUUUAAUUUACAAAUUUUCAAUUUGUCUCUCGUUUUAUAUGUGAUUGGAUAAAAUAAUAUAUUUUGCAUUCAUAUACAUAAAUAAACGUAGUGGUGCGGUGUUGAUGAUUUCAAUUCCAAAUUGUACCCGCCAAAAAUUAAGCUCGAAUUCCAACAAGGGGAAAAUAUCGACAAGAAAUUUAAAUUCGAAAGGCGUAAUGAGUAACAGACUCCCUGUACCACCCUCGAGGACCAGCGUUUCUCGUAGAAGAAUCGCUAAAUUGUAUUCAUCAACAUCAAAUGAUCCCAAUGGCAACACUAAAACAUCCGUUAAUCGACCGAUUCCAUUGAAAAUCAAAAAGGAAUCUUCUGAUGAUGAAAUAAAGGAAUAUGCAGCUUCAGCAAUGAGUGAAUUUUUGGGAUUGUACGGUUACGAAAAAGUGGACAGUGGAUGUACAAGAGGUUUAAAUUUGGAUCACUUUGUAUCGUCCGCAUCGGGCAAACAGAAUUCUUCACGAACUCUGACCCGUUCUUUAGCAUCGAAAGCAGUUGCUGCCUCCAGUUCGCCAAUAUCUACAAAUCCUUCCGGUUCACCCCAUUCCAGAUCGUCGAGGUCACCUCCCACAAAUAUCUCUGUGAUAUCAGUUAAGGAAAACAGUGGUCCACCAACAUCGUCAUCACUCUCAUUACAAACAGGAUUAACAAGUCCCCGUGCCCAUGAGAAUAGUGAUUCAGCAUCCGAUUCUCCAGAUGGUGCCACGAUGUGUUCUUGGUGUGGCAGAGCGGAAGGUACUUGGGAACCUGGAGGUGCUUAUGUUACCUAUGGAAGGGCAAGUGGUUCAGGACAAUUCUGCAGUGAAUCUUGUUUUGCCGCUGGUAGACGAGCAGCUUUCAAAAGGGCAAGAACGUGUGAUUGGUGCAGACACGUUCGUCCUUCAAUGAGCUACACCGAUUUUCAGGAUGGAGACAAUCAACUUCAAUUUUGUAGUCAAAAAUGUUUGAAUCAAUAUAAAAUGAAUAUAUUUUGCCGUGAAACACAAGCACACUUGGCCCUUCACGGUAUCAAUGAUACAAUUUCCUCGACGAAUCUCGGAACUGGUAAUUUAAUAACACCAGAACUUUGGUAUCGUGAUUGUAUAUCACCAUCGAGUCGUUCUGAAGAAUUAAUUGUCGAUGAUGAUCCAGUGACUAGAUCGUCAUCAACUCACGACGACGAUGAAUCAUUAAAUAAAGAAGAUGAGGAUGAAGAUGAAGAGGAAGAAACCAAAAGAGAAACCAAUAAUAGAUGCAGAAAUUCUUUUCGCAGUCGUGAUAAUGCAAGUAGAAAGAAAAAUGAAGAUCACGAUGUGACAGUUGACGAAGAAGAAUCUUUUACAAGAAUUAGAAAAAAUUCCGAAAAAGAAGAUGAAUCUAGAAGACAAAAUAAACAGUUCAUGGAACAAAUAAGACUUCAGUUUCCAACGGAAAAUCUUUCAAAAUUCGGAACAUCUAUUUCGCCUAUUAUUCGAGAUCGAAGUAAAGAUUAUAUCAAUUCAACUAUUCAGGAUUUAGGAAGUUCUCAUGAAUCUGAAGGAAUUGCGAGAGAAUCGUUCAUUAUGAAAGACACAGUCGAAUCGGCACCUAAGGAAAAUAGCAGAGGACGAAGAAACAUUCGAUACGGAAUGACGAAGCCAAAAAAAAGUUCAAAAUCACCAACAUGGACAUCAGAACACUCAACUCCACCAAUAUCACUCAUGACUAAUUCAACCCCGAGAAUGGCACAUCCUCCGAAUACACCAUUUAAAUUUCCAACACAUCCGGGAAUGCUUUCCGGAAGACCAUUAUUAGUGAGACCACCAAUGAUUCCCCUUCGUCCCCAAAUUCCAUUAAAUUCACCCUCAUCAUCCACAUCAUCAGCAUCACCAUCAUCGUCUUCCCUUCUACCACCUGUUACUGUUUUAGUUCCAUACCCAAUACCAAUACCAAUUCCAAUACCGAUCCCAUUGCCAAUACCAAUAUUUACUAAACUACUCAAAGGAAAUAGUGAUUUGUUAACGAAAGAUGAAAAAGUUUCUUCAGGAGCAUCGAUACCGGAGGACUUGUCAAAGCGAAAAGUUUCUACUCCAGAGGCAAAAGUAACAAAUGAAAUUUCAGAAAUAACAAAACCUCCCUCACCUUCCACGUCAGAUUUAAAGACGACGCAAAUUUAUUCUAACGAAAUAGUAGACGAAAAAAUUAAACCAGUUUGUUUAACGACAAAAAAUUCGCGACCCUCGCGAAAGAGAAGACGAAAUCCAGAAAAUUCUGAAGAAAUUGAUAUACAAUUGAAACGAAAAAUGUCAGUUUAGAACGUUUAUUAACGUCACGAAAAAAGAAAACUUUUCAAAAGCCUCUAGCCUUCUCUUUAUAUGGUGCUACUAUAUGAUUUAUAUAGUUGUGUUUUAAAUGUACAAUUUAUGUUUUAAAUAAUGUAUUUUAUCUAUUAAAAUUGAUCGUGAUCUUUCAA